AUGGAGGAUCAAAUGGCCACCUUUUCAAAUAGAAUGGAGGCUGCCCUUCUGAAACUGGCCGAAAAAUUGUCCAGGCCGGUUCCCUCGGCAACGCCUGUGCCUGUGACAUUGGUGAAAUUCGACCCACAUGUACCAGACGCAGAUAUCGAAGGGUGGUGCAAAUUGACAGACAUGGUUAUAUCAUGCAAGCAGAUUGUUGGAGUAGAUUUGAUACUAGCAUUGACCAAUGCCCUGAAAGGCCGUGCAGCUUCGUGCCUGACAAAAGUAAAUCACGAGGAUUUAACUUGGCCAACCAUCAAAGACUUGCUUUUAUCAACGUUCUCCAAGCCGAUGACAAUGCAAGACCAUUUUGAUGGAGUCAUCAAAUUUCAACUGGGGAAAGAAAGUGCUGCGCAAGGAGGACUACGACUUUGGCAACUUAUUGAGAAAAUUCCCGAUGUGAAGAUGCCAGAUAAUGUCAUUACUGGCUUUACAAUAUCCGUUCUAUCACAAUGCAAUGAUGCUAUACGAAAGGAGCUUAACUCAAGCAUUGUUCAUGACAAGUCAGACAAGCGAAAACAGGAUGAACUGGAGGAUUCUGGGACAGAAUCUAAAAAACCACGACUAAGUGUACCAUUCCGAGGCAAUUGUAACUUCUGUGGACGUAUUGGUCAUCGAGCGUCUGAGUGCCGCAACAAGAAUCAAACAGUAAUUAAACCAGCUGGUACUUCAAUGAAGCAGAGUCAACACGGCUCGUCAUCAUCAUCCAUUACCUGUUACGUGUGUAAUGAACCGGGUCACGUUGCUUCUGCGUGCCCCAAUCGUCGUGAGAAGGUCAAGCAGGCCGAGAAGACAACGAAUAUCAAAGCUGUCAACGUGUGUUCCAAAACGGCACGUGGUACUUUGGAUAUAGAAGACGACUGUCUGAGCGAAUGUAUUUUGUUGGGACGUGACUUGUUGGAAUCGGGGAUUUCUGUGGAGCUCGAUCAGGAAAAUAUUUUGUUCAAAGCAAAAGCUAUUAAGAUAUGCGAGAAUACUACCCUAGUCCUAGAUCCUGAUUUGACCGACACAGAUUUGACCGGUUCGGACAAGUUACAAUUACUAGAAAUCUUUAAAAAAUAUUCAAGACAUUUUACACAGAAUUUUCCGAACACUAGAAUCACUACUGGAGAGUUGAAAAUUAAUCUGAUUGAUCCUAACAAAACCGUGCAAAGAAGACCUUACAGGUUAUCCCCGGCAGAACAGCAAGUGGUGGACAGCAAAAUUCACGACUUAUUAGACGCAAAUAUCAUAAGGGAAAGCUCGUCUCCAUUUGCUAGCCCUAUCUUGCUGGUGAAGAAAAAAGAUGGCAGCGACCAUGCCAGUUCUGAGGGAUAUGGCGCAGUUUUAAUACAAAAAGACGAUGGUAAGCCUCAUGUCGUGGCCUACUACAGCCAGAGGACCUCUGAUGCAGAGAGUCGUUAUCACUCGUAUGAGCUUGAAACGCUGGCUGUAGUACGAGCUAUAGAACAUUUCCGUCACUUUAUUUAUGGCCAAUUAGAAAAGGACUGGAUUCUCGUAGAACAGCAGCGAGAUCCUGAAAUUUCAGCAAUUGUGUCGAAAUUAAAGUCUCACGAACUUCCAGAUGAUGUUGCUAAAACUUAUGACAUUAGAAAAGGUGUCCUGUACAGAAAAAUUAAACGAAGAAGAGCCACAUUUUGGCUUCCAAUUGUUCCUCGAUCGUUGAUAUGGAGUCUAAUAAAUCAUGUGCAUUGUGAAUUGAAACAUCUAGGCUUUGAUAAGACUCUCGACAAGCUUUAA